AUGGAAGGUGCUAUUGCUUUUGGGGGUAAUUGUGCUCAGCACAUUACUUUGACGAGGCUCCUAAGUGGACACCUGAAAUGCCUUAAAUUUGACCAGAGAAAUAAGAUUCACCCCAUCUUUAAGAAAUUUAAUACUAAUCAUUUCACUCCUGGACAUGUUAUCUGUUUGGAACUUGUAAAAAGAGGACCUAUUGAAAGGACCUACCUCCGUACUGGAAAUUUAGGAAUUUUUGUUGAUGGACAAGGUAGGAAAACUAGAGACAAAGAACUUAUGUUCCCUGCCUUACCUACAGGAGUUAGUCAAAGGGAUGAAUUCUUAUGUAUAUAUAGUGAAUCUCAUGUAGAUGUAUUUGAAGUUAAUACUGGAGAUUGGGUCCAAACAGUGAAUUUGAAAAAGACCAAACCACUUUCCACUUCUGGAAUGCUGUGCCUGACACUGGCAACAGAACUUCCCCACCUGGUUUAUUUGCACAACGUCCAACAUCGUGAAAAUCAAAUUCGGGUGCCUGAAGUUACCAUUCAUCAUGUUAAAGAAAGGUCAGGAAAAACAGUGUUAUCCAGAACAAGAAGAAGGUUCUCUGUUCGUGAACCUGAGAAAGCAAAAACUGGGAAAGGUAAUACAACUGAGAGAAGAUCUCGCAUGAUUUCUGCUCCCACAAAUUUUAAUCAUGUUUCCCAUAUGGGUCCUGGAGAAGGAAUUCAGCUCCAGAAACUUAUGGAUCUCCCCGCAGUCAAACCACCAAGUCAACAGUGCCAAACUCCCACCCAAACUCCUACCUCUGUCUCUACACCUGUCUCUUCAGAUGAAAGGUCUCAAAGGACUAGAAGUGUACCACAGCCGAAACCUCUUCCACGAGCACUUCAGGAUAGCAACAGUAGGAGAACAACUCAUAAUGGUUCAGCGUCAAAUAACCAUCCCUCAUUCAUGAAUCCUUGGAAUCAGAGACCACCAGUGAAUACUGCAUCACCUGAUGGUUCUGGUUCAGUGUCUUCACAAGAACAUUCUACUCCCAGUGUGCAUACAGCUGGAUCUACACAAGCACAUUCUUCAGGGCAUGAAGAGCAACAUGAACAGUCAAGUCCUCGUCAUUCAAUAGCAUCCAAUACUAGUUCAAAUGUGAGUUAUCCUCCAAGUCCUCGUGAAAGGAGGACCACUGCUCCAGCAGCCACAUCUGUACCACUUCUGCCUCUACAUGCACCCAAUGCAGAUGAUCAUGGAGGAUCCUCCAGUUAUGAAUCUCAAAGCUAGGACUUUAACAGUUUUGUGAGAUAUUUUAUGCUUGUUAAAGCCACAGAUAAGGAAUAUAAGCUCUCUGUUAAUCAUUAACCCCUUGAUAAUGCUUAAGGCUACCUUAAAGUCCUUUAAAUCAUGAUCCAAAAUGUUUUCAAACACACAAAUUGCACUAUUGUCACUUGCAUUAAUUUCUGAUCUGAUGUUUUAUUUAUUUAUAUUUCUAAUAUUCUCAUUAUCAUUCAUAAUAUUUUAUUAUUAGACAUUUAUAUACAAAUACACCCAUGUCCUCAUAGAGUAUGGCUACUUUUUAUUUUUAUAUUGAAUAAAUGUGAAUAAUGAAUAAGUCAUCACAUCAUGUCUUUUAUAGCUAUGUUUAGUAUGUGGGAAGCAUGAUAAAUAUUAUCUAAAUAAGAGGAAGAAAUGUAUGUAAAAGUGAAAGAAAUGUGUAUCUUUAUCCUUUGAGAUACAUGUUAUUUAAAAAAAAGUAAAAAUCAAAUGGCACCAUACAUUUACAUCUUAGGACAGUUAAUGUUGAUAAUUAUAUUAUUAGUUUUUUAUCAUUAAUUAUAUUUAUUUUAAAAAAAGGAGGGAAAAUUGUUUAAAAAAAUCUCAGAUGAACAUGGAUUUU